CUUAUGGCCGAGAAAAACUCCUCAGAUUUCGACUCAUAUAGUGUGGAAACUUCUCAAAAUGCUGAGGGAAAAUCGCUCGGGGCAGAUCCCAAAUUCAUUGCGGGGACUUCUCUGAUGAGUUUGCUUCAAAUCAAAGAGCUCUUCGAAAUUUUUCCAUUAUACUAAAAAAAAAAACGAAAUUGUUUUUACCGUGGAUGAAAGAAAUCGGCAUGAUUAAUUUUUGUCAACUUCUCAAGAAUUGAGUACUUUGUGUAAAAGGCUCCCGCAACGGGUGAGUAAAUUCAUAAGGGAACCCAACAAAUAUGCGUUUACACGAACGAAAUUCUGUGUAUGCACCGUUAUGCACAACGCUUUUACUGCACCUUGUUCCUAAACAAGAAAGUUGUUUGUCUUGUCUUGUAAGUUCACCCGAGCUUGCUGAAGCAACUGUUUUGUGGUAGAACUAACUGUUGUUGCACAACACGACGAGGGGUCGCCAACUCGCAUAAUACUCCGUACAGGGGUCCCAUAAUACCUUUAUAAUACUCCAUAAUAUGUCACAAAAUACCGUGAAAUAGACCCAUAAUACCUUAUAAUACCUGAUAGUAGUCUAUAAUACUUCAAAAUAUCAAAUGAUAUGACAUAAAAUCCCUUAAAACGUGCCAUAAUACCACAUAAUACUAUAAUACUCCGUACACUGCUGAGGUGAGUUGGCGACCCCUCGCAACACGAGUAGGUAUAGCCUCCAUGUAAGUUACAGUGUAUUUUGCACAGACGUGCGCGAUUAUCUCGUCGUGGGUGUUGCGGGGGAAAUAGCGGCUGGAGUGUUCUAGUUGCUUAUCACAGCGCUGGGCGGCCGCAUGGAGCGCUCCGCCGAGGACGCGGCGAGGCGAGCCAUCAGUCGACGGAGCGACACCGACGAGGCCCUGCCGCAGCACGCGGCCACACUCCAGGAGGGACACGCCAUGCCGACGUACUGGUGCAGCGCCCUGCGCCUCCCCACGCACCUGCUCCAGAUGUUGUUCAGCGCGAUGCUGGCCACCGUGCUGCUGCUGCCGGUCGCCCUGGCCGCGCUCUGCACCUGCCCGCCGUCCUCCCCCGAGAACUCCCCCGUGUGCGGCAGUGACGGGCGCACGUACUCCAGCGAGUGCCAGCUGCAGUGCGCCGGACUCUCCGUCGCCUACCCCGGGCCGUGCGGCCCGCCGGAGGCCGCCGCUGGCCGUCGCCGCCGCUACAUCGUGGAGGUUCAAGAGUGGAGUAAAUGUUUCGACGAUCGGCAGUGCGUCGCGCCGUACGACGGGAACUGCACCGAGUGCGGCGCGGACGACCGGACGUGCAGGUCGAUGUGCGGCUGGAACUGCGCGUGUCGCUGCGCGGGGCUGCCGACGGGCGGGCUGGACGAGCACACGCACGACCUGUUCAGCAAAUGCAGCGCCGAGAGGGGCUGCACCGAGAGCAAGAGCGAAGAGUGUAGCAAGAACUGCGUCAACCAGUUCUGCAGGAACUUGUGCCACAUGGAGUGGGUGAGGUGCAGCUGCGGCUGCGUCCAGCAUGCGGCGGCCAGCUGGACCACCCCGCCGACGACGAGCAGCACCACCCCGCCGACGACGAGCAGCACCGUUCCCUCGACAGGUCGCAUCUCGAUGUCUGGGACCAACGGCACCUCGGCCGGCAGUGCCGCGGCCCCGCACUGCGCCCCGGCCCCGGGACCCGGCGGCGUCACCACCGCGACGGACCAGCGCGCCGACCGGCCCGCCGUGUCGGUGUACGUGCUGUGGGACUCUGGGGUGGUGCUCGUGCUCGUGUGUGCGUUCGUGUGCGUGAGUGCGUGCGUGCUGGUGCGCCGCUGGCGUGCCCCGGUGGUCUGCUGCCCGCUCGGGAGCGAUCAGAGACUGACCGCGCUGUGCCGGGUGGGGCCGCCGUCCGCCGCCGCGAAGUGGAUCGCGACCAACGACGGCGACCGUGAUGACGUCGAGCUGAACCCUUACGUCCUGCACGAUGCCUAGAGCAGCUACAAAAAUGUGCAAAAACACUCCGGCAGGGGUAAUCCGAGGAAAUUCUAAAAAAUCCGUGGUAAUCCGGGGGAAUUUUGAGGUAAUCCGGGAAAUUUUUGCGGGUAAUCCGGGGUAAUCCUAGAGAAAAAGCAACGUAAUCCGGAGGACACUCCGGAGGUACUCCGGGUAAUCUGUAAUCCGGCUGACACAAAGUUUAACAGUCGUUUCCCCCUCGAUAAAUUUUCAUUAAAACUUGUCAAAACACCAAAACACUAUCAUAUCGUUAAAUA